UGUUCCUCUGUUCCUCUGUUCCUCUGUUCCUCUGUUCCUCUGUUCCUUCCAGAGCCGUCCGCUUGCCGGUCCUUCCUGGCUGUCUGCUGUGUGCCCGUUGUCUUCGCCAAAGCAUUAACCUCCAUCCAUGGCCAACCAUAGCUGGGCUGUGUCGCAAGAUGACCUGAAGGACAUGUCUCCUCGCCCCGUCGCCAAAGGCGGCUUUGGCGAGCUCUACACGGCAAAGUUCAACGAGGCCGACGUUGCCGUCAAGAUGCUCCUGUGUGGCUAUACCGAUCGAGAGUUCCGUGAGUUUGCUCGUGAAGUCAACGCCUGGAGCCGCCUCAACCACCCCAAUUUGCUGCCCCUGCUUGGUGCGGGCCACAUCGUCGACAAGCCAAUCGUUGUCACUCCUUGGGUGAAGAUGGGCAACCUCCGCAGCUAUGUCUCCGAUCCCGAGAACCCGCGCUCCCUGGAAGAAAAGCUUCGGCUCAUGUACGAGACCGCCGCCGGAAUGGCCUACCUCCACACCUCGGGCAUCAUCCACGGCGACCUGAAGCCAGCCAAUAUUCUCAUCGAUAGCGGCGGUCGUGUUAUGAUAUCCGACUUUGGCAUGCACCGCACCAAGCACAGGUCGGCCUCUGCGAUUGUCUUCCGCCCGCAGUCCAUGAACAACUCUCUCGAUUUCAUGGCCCCCGAGAUGCUGGACGACGACGAGCCGAUGGGCUCGUCCAAAAAGACCGACAUUUAUGCCUUUGGCAUCACCUUCUACGAGACCCUGAAGGACGGUAACCGUGUCUGGGUCAACGAGAACGGCAGCCUUAUGAAGUCCCGAGCGAUUGAAAGGGAAAUCUGCACUGGCAAUCGCCCAAGACGAUUCGAUGGCAUCCCCGACGAUAUCUGGAACUUGAUCGAGCGGUGCUGGAGCCAGACCCCGAGAGACCGCCCACGGUUCAGCACCAUUCUGACCGAUCUCCAGACCUAUCGAAACCGCAACGUCGAGGUAGGAGCUCGCACACCGAACGCCGUCAUCAAGCCCAGAUUCCGAAGACGACCCUCGACCGAGCUACCCCCGCUGGACCGAACCAAGAACUGGCGAAUCCUCGAGAACGGCCUCAACAUCGAAGGCAUCUGCCGAAACACGCAAUGCGAGGCCUUCAACGAAUGGGUCAUCCUCAAGCUGGGAUUCAAAGACUUUGAUCCCUUCAACGAAGAGCACGUGCGCAAUCUCCCUCCCUGUCCCAUGUGCACCCAGUUUGUCAAGCCCCUGUUGGCGGUGUUUUCGCACUGCCUCUGGAGAUUCAAUGGCCAUAAGCCAGAUGUCGAUGCCGUCGGCAGCGACUGGAAGGAAGUCGAGGAGGACUAUGUCGCCUUCAAGGACGGCAACGAGCCGUCCCACUUUGCUCAAUGGAAGGAGCUCCUGCUCGAAGUCAUCUCGGCCGACAACAGUGAGGACGGAGAUUGUGCCAUUUGCUUCGAACGAGAAGGCCCCAAGCCCAUGCUUGUCUGCGGACAUCGCUUCCACACCGGCUGCCUUGAGAUGUGGGAGAUGCGAUCGAACGUCUGCCCGUGUUGUCGGCAGCCCAUUGCACACGCCUGAGCGGCGACUGUGCUGCAGGUUGACACUGCGUACUGAUCGUGGUCGCAAACAACACUGGAACACCACUCUCUCUCCUCUGUUUUCAAUCCGAUAUUCUUCCUGCCCUUCCUUCUUUUUCUCCCAGAUUCUGAAUAUAUUCUCCGCCGUGGCUAUCUGCUAAACCUUCAGU